CCGGAAGCGGCGGGCCCGGCGCGGCGCUGCCGGAGGCGCGGAGCGGCCCCGUCCGACCCCCCCCGACCCCCGGGACCCCUCCGGGACCCCCUCCCGGACCCCCCCCGACCCUCCCCGGCCCCCGGUCCCGGCCCCGGCCGCGGCUUCUCCCCCGGGACACGGCGCCAUGAUGCGGUUCAUGCUGCUGUUCAGCCGCCAAGGGAAACUGAGGCUGCAGAAGUGGUACUUGGCCACGGCCGACAAGGACAAGAAGAAGAUGGUGCGGGAGCUGAUGCAGGUGGUGCUGGCCAGGAAACCCAAAAUGUGCUCCUUCCUCGAGUGGAGGGACCUCAAGGUGGUCUACAAGAGGUACGCCAGCCUCUACUUCUGCUGCGCCAUCGAGGGCCAGGACAACGAGCUGAUCACGCUGGAGCUCAUCCACCGCUACGUGGAGCUGCUGGACAAGUACUUCGGCAGCGUGUGCGAGCUGGACAUCAUCUUCAACUUCGAGAAGGCCUACUUCAUCCUGGACGAGUUCGUGAUGGGCGGCGAGAUCCAGGACACCUCCAAGAAGAGCGUCCUCAAGGCCAUCGAGCAGGCGGACCUGCUGCAGGAGGAGGACGAAUCCCCCCGCAGCGUCCUGGAGGAAAUGGGGCUGGCGUAGCCCCCCCCACCCCAA